AUGAUAAUUUCUUGGUUAAUACCAUUUGUAUUCUUUGAUUUCAAUCAGAAAGAAGAUGAUCUAAUGAAAUAUUAUGAGACAUUUUCAGACGAUCAUAUAUAUCCACCACCAUGGUAUAUGUCAAAUUGGACAAUAACUGAUUAUUUUAUUCGAAAAGAAAAUUUUAAAAAACUUGAAGAUCAAGAUGCAAUAGAUAAACAACAGAAAAUAAUUAUAGAAGAUAAAAACAAAUUUAAAAAAUUAAAUUAUACUAUACUUGAAUAUACAACUGUUUUUGAUCGACCAAAAUUUUGUGGAAAAACGCAAGAUUUUAUUUUCGGAAAACAAUGUCCAUAUAAAAAUUGCAGAUACGCAUGUAAUCGAAAAUGGUCAAAUAUUGCAGAUGUAUUAUUAAUGCAUCGAAGUGAUAUAAAAUUUGAUCAAUUACCUAAAGAACGUAACUCUAAUCAGAUUUGGUUAUUUUGGCAUGAUGAACCCGGUGGUGUUUCAAAACAAGCAAUUUCGUAUCAAUUUAAUUGGACUAUAUCAUAUCGUUUAAAUGCUGAAGCUAGUAUAGGUGCUUAUGGUUUAACUGUUCUUCGUAAUAAACCAUUAUCUUCAAAAGAAUUUAAUUCCUAUAUAAAUGAACAAUUUCGUAAUCGACAACCAAAUGCAAUAUGGUUUGUUAGUAAUUGUCAACCAAAAGCUCGUCUUAAUUUUUAUUUAAAAUUUCGUUUAUAUUAUCCAUUAAUAAAAAUUUAUGGUCAAUGUGUUUCAAAAAAUAAUUCAAAUCAAUGUCAUCGAAAUUCUCAAUGUGAAAUAUCUGAAUUGACAAAAAAUAAAUUUUAUUUCGCAUUCGAAUCACAAUCAUGUCGAGAUUAUGUAACAGAAAAAUUUUGGCGUUCACUUGCUUUUGGAAUUAUACCAAUUGUAUUUGGUCCACGUGAUAAACAAUCAUUAGAAAGAAUAGCUCCACCAAAUUCAUUUAUUUAUACGGAUGAUUUCACGUCAAUGUAUGAUCUUGCAGAAUAUUUAAAUGAAAUUGAUCGAAAUCAAACAUUAUUUCGAGAAUUUCAUCGAUGGCGACAAUUCUAUGAGAUUUAUUAUCAGCCAGAUGAUAUUGAACAAUAUCGUUUUUGUGAACUUUGUUAUCGAUUAAAUACAAAUCAUCAAAGAAUUUAUUAUCAAAACAUAAAUGAAUUUUUUCUAGAAGAUUGUUAA